AUGGAUCAAUCUUUGACUCUAAUCGACGCCCAGGUCCACUUUGUGGAAGAGCGACUGGUACUCGUUCACAUCCCACUGGAGCUGUACCCUUACUUUUUCAAGUCCGUCUUAAGAUUGAUCUACGAUGAAAUCGCUCCAUUGGAAGAAGACCAUCAGGACGACGAUGGCUCUGCGGGCUUUGAUGACGGCUCUGUGAAAGGUCCCGAGUAUCGACCACCGGCAUUCUUAAACGUGUCUAUCACCCCAGUCGAGGUCUCAGUGAUCUGCCCCAGAGCUCUAGUCGAGAAGUACUUCGACCCGACGUUCACCAAACUUGACCAGUUAGACAUCCAACUUCGUUCGAGGUUGGUUGUAAGUGACAAAGACUACAUUGCGAUGCAAGUCCUGGGCCAGGGCCUUGUGGCUGGCAAACGCGUGCUAGAAUUAACUAGUCCACUUGCGCUGGCGGGAAUUUCUAUCUUCUUUAUCUCAACCUACUUUUCCGAUUACAUCCUCGUACCUUUCCACAGCAAAGCAAGUGUUAUAUCCACCCUCGAGAACCGAGGCUUCCAAUUCGAAAAUGCCACGGCGGCCUUCAUCAACAACCCUCUCAGUCCAACAUCACCAUGCACCGAAAAACAACUUGGCGAGCUGAUCCCACCCAUCACUCCACCCCCAUCAACACUCGCCGAGCUCCAGACUCGCACCUUUGAGAACCUUCGCAAACGCCAAAUCUCCCCAGUGGUAGACGAAACCCUACGCCUCGUCCAGUGUGCCGCCCACCAUCAAUACAAUAGCGAAGAAAGCUCCAUGUCCAUUCUUCGAGACGCUCUCACCACCACCCUCUUAGUCGACAAACCACGAUUUCUCUCUUUAACAUUGGCGGCGCUCGACCCCGCCGCAUCCCUCCUCCUAGAGAAGCGGCUACUGCCCCGCUUCGCGAGCCCGGCAGCCUCACAUCAGAACUACGAAGACGGCUCGGGGCUUCUUCUAGGCUCGAAAGAAGAUUGUCUUAUCCCCAUUAUGCUCGACCUGCGUGACCUGUCACUUGAGGCAUCUGGUAUCGUUUGCGGCGUGGCAGGCCGGCUUGCAGAAGCAACUGACAGUCACGCUCCCCGCGCCCCGAACAACGAAAACUCGAGUCCUGCCAGCGGCAGCUCUAACAGUGUUAUUGGAUCUGUAACGGAGCUUUUUGAUACAUUUGGAACACGAUUGGCACUCGGUGGUCUGGAUAAGAAUAAACGGCCCCCGCCACCCCAACUCCCUACGACUACACAUCACCUGAAGCCGGAUUUGGACUUGUCGGCGGAUGCGGUGGAGAUUAGUUUCUUGAGUACUGCGCGGGCGGGUACGAUCAUUGUCGGAGAGGAUGAGUUACGCCGCGCGAUUGAUGCUUUGGACGCGGAGAAAAUGCAUGAUGAGGUUGUAGGGGAUGAGAAUGUACCAGUGGAAGGCGAGAACCCUGACGAAACCGCGUAA